AUGUUUAGUGACAGGGACAACUCCAGAGGAGCGACCAACUACACGCCUAAAAUAACUGUAGUGGGUGAUGGCGCUGUUGGUAAAACAUGCAUGCUGGAAACGUUUGCCAAAAAGAAAUUUCCCACUGAAUACGUUCCAACAGUAUUUGACAACUUUGAAGCAAAGAUGACAGUUGAUGGACAAGUUUACAAGGUUGUGCUUUGGGACACAGCAGGACAGGAGGACUAUGACAGACUCCGCCCACUUUCUUAUCCAGAUACCAAAGUGUUCCUCGUUUGCUUCGCUGUCAACUCAAAGGAUUCCUAUGACAAUGUGAUCCACAAGUGGAUUCCGGAACUUCGUCAUCAUGUUCCUGGAGCUAAAGUUCUUCUUGUUGGAACCAAGAUAGACUUGCGUAUACCACAACGACCAGGUGAAACAAUCACUUGCAUGACGCCGAAAGAUGGGAAUGACUUGAAGAUGCGGAUCAAUGCUGAGAAAUACGUCGAAUGUUCGGCCCUCACUCAGGAGGGCUUGGAAGGUGUUUUCCAAGAAGCCAUGAGGGUCGUCUUGAGCGAAUCAAAUAUGACUGCACAACAGAAAAGGAAGUGUCGUCUGCUGUGAAUUUCUGCCAAAUUCAAGUCGAACAAUAAUGAUGAGUGAUGAUCCCAAAGAAUGAUUGUUUCCAAUUGUACAUUUCUUGAUUCUGUAACGCGUGCUGCAUGUAUAGAAAUGGGAACUUCUUUCGAGAUCAUACUUCGUGAUUAUGAGAGAAGACCUUCCUUGUUUUAGGAACAAAUUAUUCGCGUGUAUUUCAGCAUACUGAAAUCCACACAAUUAAUU